CACCCUUAAGUUUAUGUAGAAAGUGUGAAAUUUUCUUAGAGGAUAUUCAAGCCAUCAGACAGAGAGAGAGAGAGAGAGAGAUGGGAAGAGCUCCUUGUUGUGACAAGGCAAAUGUGAAGAAGGGACCUUGGUCACCAGAAGAAGACUCAAAGCUUAAAGAUUACAUAGAAAAAUUUGGAACUGGUGGGAAUUGGAUUGCUCUUCCUCACAAAGCUGGCUUGAAGAGAUGUGGAAAGAGCUGCAGAUUGAGAUGGCUAAACUAUCUGAGACCCAAUAUUAAACAUGGUGAAUUCUCUGAUGAAGAAGAUAGGAUUAUCUGCACUCUAUUUGCUAGCAUCGGAAGCAGAUGGUCAAUUAUAGCAGCUCAGUUACCAGGAAGAACUGAUAAUGAUAUCAAAAACUACUGGAACACCAAGCUCAAGAAGAAGCUCAUGGCCAUGGCUUCUCAUCAAUCUCAAAGGAAAUCUGUACCAUUCUCAUCUCCUCCUAAUCAUCAAUCUCCACCAUUAUCAUAUAACUCACUCUCAUCUCUCUACAAAGACUCUUCUGCAGAUUUCAGUAUUUGUUUUGACCCCAUUUCACCAAUCCCAUCAAAUCUUUUAGCCACAAACUCAUCUUUCCUUUUUCAAACCCAAGAGCCAGCCUUGUUGAAUCCCUUGCAAUACUAUCACCCACUGAAAGAUAAUAACAAUAAUUGUAGCAGCAGUAGCAGCAGUGGGAAUAAUAAUCUGCUGGUUUUUGGAAGUGAAGCAAGUUGCAGUUCUAAUUCUGAUGGGAGUUGCAGCAAGAUCAGCUAUGGAGGGAGCAAAGAGAUCAUCAAACAAGAAGAAAUGGGAUUUCAAGGCUUUAUCUCAAAUGGGUAUGAAGAGAAUCAAAAGUUCAUGCUAAGUGGGGAUUUGAACCAAUGGACAGAGAAGGUAACUGGGUAUUUUGGAGAAACCCUAGCAUUGGAUUAUUGUCUUGAGGAUGUUAAGCAACUGAUUAGCAGCAGUAGCAGUAGUAAUAAUAGCAGUAAUAAUUACUACUUCCUUACUGAUGAAAACAAGACACGAGAGAAGUUCAUGUACUACUACUACUGAUGAAAAUAAUUAUAUUAUAUUUAUAUAUUUGAAUGAUUUUCAUGGCAAGUAAAAUCAAGAAAAAGAAGAUUUGAUGGGAUAAGGUGGAGAGAUUUCAGAUAAGACUUUGAGUUUCUGGGGGUUUGUGUUAUUUUCUGAUGAAAAAUAUGAAACAUUUCUUCUUUUGACAGUACAUGGAUUUGUAUUAUAAAAAAAAUAAAAACUCUUUUUUUU